GUGAGAUUCAACGGAAGUUGGGAUCGUCCUUCGGCAUAUCGCGGCAGUCCGUCUCCAGAUCUCGAAACAGCUUGGAACAAAGUAACUGCCGAUGGGCGGCUAAUGUCUAUUACGCUCGAAGAGCUACUCAAAAUAGGGGAGGAACCUGCCCCAUUCAUGGCUAGGUAUCCGAAAGAGUAUGGUGGGGAUUAUUUGGCGACAGUGGAGGUCAUUCACCAGCUUCAUUGCAUAAACAUGAUUCGCCAAUCCACUUGGGGUGACUAUUACACAGCAACUGAUUCUGACUUUGUCGAAUCCCCUGACAGAUGGCGCAUCCAUCUUGAUCACUGCGUCGAAAUGCUCAGACAGGUCAUAAUGUGCCACUCUGAUGUAACAAUGGUUACUUACGAUUGGGUCGAGGGACUCGAUGUCCCUUACCCAAACUUCAACAUCCCUCAUCAAUGUAGAGACCUCGAGAAGAUCUUGGAUUGGGUGGAUGAUCAUCGUAUUUAUGUCCCUCAAUCCCAGAUGGUCCGCCAAGAGGACAAUGUUGACCUUCCUUUGCCCCCUUAA